GGGUAUUUUCUUAAAAUUCCCCGCGUCACCUCUAAAUAAUAGAAGUCGCCAUUUGUACCUGUACAGGUUGUUUCCAACUGAACCUGAAGUUAAGACUGCAUUGCACUUUCCAUUGGAAUCUGUGUAGUAGUCACCAACCAGCAUGGGUAACACUAUGUCCUGCGAGGUUGAAGACGAUGCUAGAGCUAAAGAGAGGUUACAGGAACGGUUAUCUUCCGGACAGUGUAACGUCAAUGGCAAAGGCUUGGGUGGAUGGACACCACUUCACGAGGCUACCUUUUACGGCUACAUACAAUGUGCCGAGCUUCUUCUCCAACGCGGGGCGGUUACCAAUAUACAGGAUGAGAAUGGUGAGACACCACUUCACGUCGCUGCGUGGUGUGACCGCAAACAAUUUGCCCAGCUUCUCCUCCAACAUGGAGCAGAUACCAGUAUCCAGGCUGAAAAACAAAAGACAUCAAGAAUGAUGGCAGAAGAGAAAGAACACACUGCCGUUGCAGAACUACUGAGGCGUUUUGAAAUACCAGAUAUACAGAUGUAUAUUCAAACCAGGACUUUGGAGCACGUUGCUGAAAUAUUAGACCUCGCGGAAUGCCGCAACUUUAACCUGACCAACUUGAACUCGAACUUUCCUGAAAAAUUCCAAAAAAUUCAAGUAGUGAAAGAUUGGAUCGCCGAGAACAAUUAUACUACUUUGAAAGAUAUAAGGGAUGGACUUCAGGCUGCAAGCCUUCUGCGGCUUUCCAGUGCGGCAAUGGAGUAUUAUGCUGAGAUGGUGAUGAACAUUGCAGACAUGUCCCCCGAUGAAUUUGAAGCUCUCUGUAGAACCCUGACCACUGCGAAGUACAUGUACACACCAUGUGCAACAACCUGGGAUCGAGCGACACGCCCACGUAUGGAUAACUUGGACGAGAACGAAGUUUUGCGAGAUGAGGUGCGGCAGUUGACAGCUAAACUUCGUCAGCAGAGCCAGUAGGUGGAUUGCAGUCCGCGCAAUGUAAUUUUAUGUCAUUGACAUACAUGAGACGCAAAUGAUCAUAGGAUUCCACCAGAGUGCCGUGUAUUUAACCAAUUAAUCAGUUGAUUGGUUCAUAAGUCUUCUCGUGUUUUUUCU